CCAACAUUGCGCACGACAAGGCCUCGCCACACCCAAGAUGGAGUCGUACAACCUUAAAACGGCAGCAACAUACAUAAACAACCUGCUGUUAGCUCGCGGACUGUUGCGCGAUGGCAAGAACAUCGAGUUUGCGCACCCGUCGCGAGGAGAGGGCGGAAAGGAGGCCACAAUGGCCCAGAUCAUCAACCUCGUUCAUGAUCUUAUCCUCAAGCGUGAUCGCGACCAGGAAUACCGAGAGUCCACUGCAGAAACCGUGCGAACUUUGCGGUCAGAGCAGUCACGGCAACUGGUAUCUCUCGAAAAGUUGCAAACUCGUAACGCAGAUCUGACACGGCAACUUUCGCUCGCACAAUCGCAGGAGCAUGCUGCCCGCGCCGCUUUACGAACCGCCGAAUCCUCAGCGCGCAAAUUGCGCGCGGAGAUGCUACGACUCAAAACAACCGUCGAUCAAGUACGAACAAGCUGCGCAAAUGACGUGCGAAAACGCGACAUACAAAUACAACGUCUGAAGAGCCACUUGACCACCCAGCAGCGCGGCAAUAAGACAGGUCUGGUUGGCGCAAGCAUCACCAUCAACCCAGGUGUUGCUGGCCUUGGUGGUUCGACAAGCACUCUUCGGGCUGAUGAGCCAGACAUGGAAGAUCCCGGAUACAGCUUGAGACAAGAGACUACGGAAUUCUUGACACAGCUUAGUCAAAGCUUGAGCGACGAGAAUGACAGCCUGAUUGCUCUCGUUAGAAGCACGCUUGUGACAUUGAGGGAAUUACAAGGCAUGCCAGAGAUGGCUGGGCAGGAAGAUGCAGACCAGCUCUCGGUGAUUGGGGAAGACGAGGAGGAUGCACGCCAGGGCAUGAUGCACGCUCUACCAACGAGCUACGAGGCUCUCGCCAGCGAUACAGACGCAGUACUUGACAACCUCAAGAAUCUGCUCACAAACCCCGACUUUGUAUCGAUGGAAGAGGUCGAGUCGCGAGAAGAGGAGAUCCACAGAUUACGAGCCGGAUGGGAGAAGAUGGAGGCUCGAUUACGCGAGUCCUUUAGGCUCAUGGAUUCAUGGCGGAAACGCAUGACCAAAGGCGAUACGAUCAACCUCGACGAGAUCACCCGAGGAUUGGAUUAUGAUACAGAUAUGGACACAGAUGGCGCAGAUGAUAUUUCAGUCAUUGCAGAAGAGGAUGAAAAUGAAUUCGAGGAAGAGGAAGAUGCUUCAGAGCACGGCGACGAGGCAAUGGAAGACGGCAGCUCUGUGUUCAACGGCGAAGACGUGGAAGGUGAAGAAGUGGAGCUGCCUUCAUCAAAAACUGGACUUGCAGUUGAACAACAAGCUCUGAAAGAGACAAACGGCAACGCCUCACUUAGCAAAUCACCUCGGAAGGUCGUCUUUUCAGCUUCAACCCCGAAUACACCUUCUAAGUCAGAGGACGAAAACACAGGCACGCCCGAGCUGGAUAUGGUCGACACAGAAGAGACUUACCAUCCAUCGUCCCCUGCGAAAGCGCUGGCCUCCGAAGAGCUCGUAUCAAGGCCGAUAGGCGAAGAUGAGCGCACACCACGCCAUACACGGAAACGACACUCAAGUCCACACUCCCAUCCGGAGGAGCGGUCACCAAAACUAAGUAUGUUUGACAAACUCAAGGCAGUGCAGGUGGAAGCGGAAGUAGCCGCUGCCAGAAUCCAGUCGAGCCCCGUAAAGUCCUUCAGAGCAGGGAUUGGCGAGGAGGUGGCGGAGGAGAAGAGGCAAAGACGCACGACUCGCUCGCCAACGAAACCCUUGCGCAUUGGAGGACGCCCAAAGAGAAGAAAGAGCACGUUGACACCUGCGGAGCUUGAGAAUCUCUUAGGCUGCUGAUCGACUGCGCUCGACUCAUGCAUACUUUUGUGGUGUCAUGAAGACGAUUCCGUGGUGGGGCUCAUUGUGAAGCUGCAUUCAAUCAACGUUUUCAGAUCUUGCACUCAAAUUAUUGAACCCACUCCGUCCUGCCUAUAUAUUGUAGUGGCUGAAGUGCGGGUGAUCGAUACUUCUUCAAGCCUCCUUUGAUUGGACACCUCAUAAGGGAUGAUGCAUGAACGAGGCCGUGGGUCGGCGCGUAGAUACAUGUGAGAUCACGCUGACCUGUGCAUACGGCUGCGUACUGCGAUGCAGCAACGGAUCUCAGCAAUGCGUCCUUGAUGCGAACGAAUGCAAACAGAUGCAAGAUUUCAACGUCGAUGAUGGC